AGUAGUCUCUCUCUCUCCCUCUAUCUCCCUCUGCACCAAUGGCUCAGCGGCUUUUCUCUUCCUCUCAUCUUUCUCAUUCUUCCACCUCAAACCAUCGUCAUAUCUCUCUCAUGAGCCGCAACGGUCUACUCCUCCUUGUCGCUCUCCACCUUCUCCUCGGUGUAUCAUUACCCUGGAAAGCAUCUCCCUUGUUCAUCUUUCCUAACAAAAGCUCUUCUUCUUCUUCUUAUUCUUCUUUGACCUCCAACUGGCGCGACUAUUCCCUCGCUCAAGCAGCCAAGUUCGUCGCUAAGGACGGGACUGUGAUCGUCUGCACCGUUAGCUCUCCCUUCUUGCUUUUCUUAAACAACUGGUUGAUUAGCGUUUCUAGACAGAAGCAUCAAGACAAAGUCCUCGUGAUCGCUGAGGAUUACGCUACUCUCUACAAGGUUAACCAGAAGUGGCCUGGCCAUGCCGUUCUCAUCCCCCCAGCGCUCAACUCUCGUACCGAACAUAAGUUCGGCUCCCAGGGUUUCUUCAAGUUUACAUCUCGGAGGCCACGACAUCUCUUGCAACUUUUGGAGCUAGGCUAUAAUGUGAUGUACAACGAUGUUGAUAUGGUCUGGUUGCAAGAUCCGUUUCAGUACUUAGAAGGAAGCCACGACGCAUACUUCACCGAUGACAUGACUACGAUUAAGCCUUUGAAUCAUUCCCAUGAUUUACCACUUCCGGAUCGAAAGGGAGUGACUUAUAUAUGUAGCUGCAUGAUUUUCUUGCGUCCCACUAAUGGUGCAAAGCUUCUGAUGAAGAAAUGGAUUGAGGAACUUCAAGCUGGAUCUAAAGCAUAUGAAGGAAAUGAUCAGCCUGCUUUUAACUGGGCACUCAACAAAACAUAUCAUCAGGUAGAUCUCUACUUGCUUUCCCAAGCAGCGUUUCCUACAGGAGGAUUGUACUUCAACAACCAGACGUGGGCUGAAGAGACAGAGGGGAAACAUGUCAUAAUCCACAACAACUACAUUAUUGGUUACGACAAUAAGAUGAAACGCUUCCACGACUUUGGUCUAUGGCUAGUUUAUGAUCAUGCUUAUGAGUCUCCGCUGGGAAAGUUAGAGUAAAAUUUGAAUGCCUUGUUAUGUGUGAAUAUUAUAUCGCUGACUCAAAACAUACGAAAACAGGAAAAAAAA